UUUUUUUUAUCGUUCAUUCGUUUGUACCAACAUAAAUGUCAUCAGGACCUGCAUAAAAUACUUACAUACUACACUAUCGCAGACAGGAAUAUAAACAAGUUGGUAUAGGCCUUUAUUGGCUUCAGUUGUAUGGUUGUAGAGUUCACAGACAAUAGGAAUUUCAUCAACAAUUGCGAUAUUCAUAUCAUGGAAGGACUGAAAUAUAUUUUCAUAAUUUCUCUUUUAAAAAUUUACGUUCUUGCGGAAGAUCCGAUAAUUGAUACUACCACUGGAACGAUUAAAGGAUCCACAUUCUCAGUUCAGAAUGUUGAUAUUGAUGUCUUUCUUGGAAUACCAUUUGCCAAACCUCCUGUUGGUAAUCUAAGAUUUAAAAGACCAGAGCCAAUUGAGCGGUGGAGUGGUAUAAAAGAAACUAAGAAACAUGUUUCAUCGUGUAUACAACUUGUUGAAGCAUUUGAUCAUAUUGAAGGUGCAGAUUCGUUUAAGGUUAAUACUAAUAUAAGCGAAGACUGUCUUUAUUUGAACAUUUGGGCGCCAACAGAAGCUCGAAAGUCCCAUUCAAAUUUAGCCACAAUGAUAUGGAUAUAUGGGGGUGCACUUGUUUCUGGGACAAGUACGCUAGACGCAUACGAUGGACGAUUCUUAGCUGCCAGUCAAAAGAUUAUCGUUGCAUCACUUAAUUAUAGAGUUGGACCCUUUGGUUUUCUUUCCUUAAAUGACGAACGUGCUCCAGGCAAUAUGGGACUACUUGAUCAAACCCUUGCAAUAAGUUGGAUUCGUGAUAACAUUGCAUCAUUCGGCGGAGACCCUGAUAAACUGACACUGUUUGGACAGAGUGCUGGUGCAAUAAGUGUUAGUUUUCAUGUUAUGUCACCAAUUUCUCGAAAAAUAUUCAGGAAUGCAAUUAUAAUGAGUGGGAUAGCUACCACUGAUUGGUCAGUUAGGUCAAAAGAGGGAAAUAUUGAAAGAGCGAAAGAAAUGGCUGCCUUCUUGAAAUGUCCAACUGAGAACGAUAAGGUGAUGUUAGAUUGCUUUCUAAAUGCCGAUGCAAACAACAUAUCUAUGGGACAAUAUUAUAAUUUCAAGAACAUCACAGAAUUUCCUUUUGCUCCUAUUAUAGAUAACUAUUUCUUACAGGAGAAGCCGAAAGAAAUUGUACAGAAUAAAAAAAUGAAAAAGGAUGUGAUGAUUGGUUUUCUUAAAAAUGAAGGAAGUUUGAUGAUUCUAAUAAGAUACCCCGAAUAUUUCGCUCCAAACACAAAUGUUCCUGUAAACAAAUCUGUCGCACACAAAAUGAUGAGAAAUCUAAUCGAACCAAAACAAUUAAAUUCUCUGCAGUUGGAGUCCAUCUCGCAUCUUUAUGGUUCUCAUGUCGAUACCUCUUCUGAAACUGAAAAAUACAGAUACAUAUUAGACCAAGUAGCGGGUGAUAUCAUGUUUAAAUGUCCUACUAUUAACUUUUCCAAGGAAUUUAGUACCUAUUCCAAUGUUUAUAUGUAUUCUUUUGAGUAUCGACCAAAAGUUAUGCCCUGGCCGGAAUGGAUGGGUGUGAUACAUGGAAGUGAUGUUUAUUUCGCGUUUUCCCAACUAUUAUCGGAUGAAAAAUAUUCACCAGAAGUCAAAUUUGUGUCAAAAAUGCUGUCAAGUUAUUUUGCAAACUUUUCCAAAUCAGGUAAUCCUAAUAAUGGAGAUUGUUCUGAUUGCUCAUCUGAACCAUGGUCAAAGUAUACACCAGAAAGCCAGAAAUAUCUUGUAAUUGAUGAAAAACCAAGGAUGGCGUCUAAGGAGACUUCUCUGUACAGUAUAUGCAGUUUUUGGUCAGAUCUUCUCCCGCAAUUAAAGGAACCUUCUUGCCCAGGUAUAUCUAGAGGAACAAUCGUUACUUUAACGAGAUCCACCUUGUAAUCACCCGAAGAGAGACAUCUUCACUGACAGAUAUAACUAGCCAAAUGGACAGACCCUGAAGAAGCUGAACAGAAAAUCAUGCCCAGUUGCUUGGGCAACUGCCCGUACCUUGUGCAGUGGAAACACGCGUAGUUCGUAACACUCUUAAAAAUAUGCUGUAUGGAAUUGUAAAAUAAGAGGAAAUCAUUUUUAAGGAUAAGCAAGACUGCAUAUUCUGUAGACGGCAUCUACUAGGAGCUUUAUUAUCCUAAAUAAAGAUUCCAGA